AUGUGACCGUGACGUCACGCCGGGCCUUGAUCAUUCUAACGUUAAGGCGGCUCCAUCCCCCUGGAAACAACAACACACGGUUAUCGCAGCGUCACCUCCCGGUGCUGCAGCCAGCGGAGCCGGUACCGGUGCGGUAGACAUGCAGUCCGAGGACGCCAGAUACCUGAAGAGGAAAGUAAAAGGAGGUAGCAUAGAUGUCCACCCAACAGAAAAGGCUCUUGUCGUCCACUAUGAAGUGGAGGCCACUAUCCUGGGAGAGUUGGGAGAUCCAAUGCUCGGAGAAAGGAAGGAGUGUCAGAAAAUCAUUCGCUUGAAAAGUCUUAACGCCAACACUGAUAUUUCUUCUCUGGCUCGGAAAGUGGUUGAAGAAUGUAAACUAAUCCAUCCCUCAAAGUUAGCAGAGGUGGAACAACUCCUUUACUAUCUGCAGAACCGCAGGGAUGGACUAAACGGUAAAGAAAAGAAGGAGAAGAAGAAUAGUAAACCUAAGGACCCACCACCAUUUGAGGGAAUGGAGAUUGAUGAAAUUGCCAAUAUCAAUGACAUGGACGAAUACAUUGAGUUACUUUAUGAAGAUAUUCCGGAUAAAGUUCGCGGCUCUGCUCUCAUUCUGCAACUUGCAAGAAACCCGGACAAUUUGGAAGAAUUGUUACUCAAUGAAACUGCAUUAGGAGCCCUCGCUCGGGUAUUAAGGGAAGACUGGAAGCAGAGCGUCGAGCUUGCCACAAAUAUUAUUUAUAUUUUUUUCUGCUUCUCAAGUUUUUCUCAGUUUCAUGGAUUAAUAACACAUUAUAAAAUCGGAGCGCUAUGUAUGAACAUCAUUGACCAUGAGUUAAAGCGCCAUGAGCUAUGGCAGGAAGAGCUGGCCAAGAAGAAGAAGGCGAUUGAUGAUGAUCCUGAAACGCCGUCCCUAAAAAAGGAAUAUGAGAAAACGUUUAAAAAAUACCAGGGGCUUCUUGUCAAGCAGGAACAACUUCUGCGGGUUGCUCUCUACCUGCUUCUUAACCUCGCUGAGGAUACUCGCACUGAAUUGAAGAUGAGAAACAAGAAUAUUGUCCAUAUGUUGGUUAAAGCUCUGGACAGAGACAAUUUCGAGCUCCUUAUCCUUGUGGUGUCCUUUCUGAAGAAGCUCAGUAUCUUCCUGGAAAACAAGAAUGACAUGGCAGAAAUGGACAUCAUUGAAAAAUUAUGUAAAAUGGUGCCAUGUGAGCACGAAGAUUUACUGAAUAUAACUUUGCGGCUUCUCCUGAACCUCUCCUUUGACACUGGCCUGAGAAACAAGAUGGUACAAGUCGGACUCCUUCCCAAGCUCACAGUUCUUCUAGAAAAUGAAAACUACAAGCAGAUUGUUAUGUGCAUUCUUUAUCACAUAAGUAUGGAUGAUCGAUGUAAAUCUAUGUUUGCCUAUACGGACUGCAUACCACAGUUGAUGAAGAUGUUGUUUGAGUGCUCCGAGGAACGCAUUGACCUUGAGUUGAUUUCUUUCUGCAUAAAUUUAGCAGCAAAUAAAAGAAACGCUCAGCUGAUAUGUGAAGGAAAUGGGCUGAAGAUGUUGAUGAAGAAAGCUCUCAAAUUUAAAGAUCCAUUGCUCAUGAAGAUGAUCAGAAAUAUUUCUCAACAUGAUGGGCCAACCAAGAAUCUCUUCAUAGACUAUGUUGGGGACCUGGCAGCUCAGAUUUCGAAUGAUGAAGAAGAAGAGUUUGUGAUCGAAUGCCUCGGAACGCUCGCCAACCUCACCAUCAGUGAUUUAGACUGGGAACUGGUUCUCAAAGAAUAUAAGCUCGUCCCGUACCUCAAGGAUAAACUGAAGCCAGGGUCCGCUGAAGAUGAUCUUGUCUUGGAAGUGGUUAUCAUGAUUGGAACAGUGUCCAUGGAUGACUCCUGUGCUGCCUUGUUGGCAAAGUCUGGAAUUAUUCCAGCACUUAUUGAACUGCUGAAUGCUCAGCAAGAAGAUGACGAGUUUGUUUGCCAAAUUGUCUACGUCUUCUACCAAAUGGUUUUCCAUCAAGCAACCAGGGACGUCAUCAUAAAGGAGACACAGGCCCCUGCCUAUCUGAUAGACUUAAUGCAUGAUAAGAAUGCAGAAAUCCGAAAAGUAUGUGAUAACACCCUUGACAUCAUAGCGGAAUAUGAUGAAGAAUGGGCAAAAAAGAUACAAAGUGAGAAAUUCCGGUGGCAUAACUCUCAGUGGCUUGAGAUGGUGGAAAGCCGCCAGUUGGAUGAAAGCGAGCAAUAUCUUUAUGGAGAUGAACCCAUUGAACCGUUUCUCCAUGAAGGAGAUAUACUGGAGAGAAAUGACCUGUACUAUAGCGCAGAAGGACUGAUACCAUCAGAAGGUGCCGUGAGUCCAGACUUCUUCAAUGACUAUCAGCUUCAAAAUGGAGAUCUUAUUGGGCAACAUUCAUUCAGCACAGGGAUGGGUGUUGAUAAUUUUGGGCAAUCUGCAGCUAUUCCAGGACGACCAACAACUGCAUAUGGCUAUCGUCCGGAUGAACCUUACUACUAUGGAAUUGGAGCCCGAUAAAUUCUGAUAUCACGCCAAACAUUGACCAAUAACCAGAAUAAAUUCCCCUCCGCCCCGGGAGAAGCAUGCCUCUAGUCUAUGUUUGAUAAAGUAGAUCUGUGGUUUACAUUUGCAAUUUCUCUGAGGACUUCAGUAAUAGGUUUUGAUAAGCUAUACCCUACGGCCUAAUAGUCCUGCAUCAUAUUUUAUGUUUAGGCAAUAGGGACUGACACAAAUGGUUUGGUGGAAAUUCCAGGAAACAAGGCACGUCUGGUCAGAAGCAUUCUGACAUAUUAUGGUGAAUCUAAAUGUCCUAAAGUGUUAUUCAUUUCUUAUUUAUAUUUAAUUUAAUAAUCCUGCAGCUGCAUGUCCACCAUUUUUCAGUCUUGUCACCUAACUCAUGUAAUUAAAACACUUGUUAAAUAAAACAUCAAUUGGG